AUGGAAGAAUUUGCAAUCACCACGAACCGUGGUUUUAUGAUUUACGAAUUCGCAACCGGAACAUUGCUUUAUGAAGCAAUGUUUCCAGGAGGCGGCGCACUUUGCAUUUCUCUUCUUUCAGACUCGAAUGUUAUCGCAUGUUGUGGAGAUGACUCUCGCGAGGGAUUCUCUGCCAACACAGUUGUUAUAUGGGAUCGUAAAGAUAACAAAGUUAUUGGUCUUUUCCAAGUUGAAAAUAAGAUAUUAGACUUAAAAUUCAAAUUAGAUUACAUUAUCGUUGCUCAUGGAACCAAGAUUUCAUUUCACGACAGCUUCGAUUUUACAGAAAAACUAAUGUGCACAAAUCCGAUCCAAGAUCAGCUUGCUUUUGCUAUUGUCCCAUCAAGCACGAUAUAUUAUACAGCAUUACCAGCAAAGAAUUCGAAAUCAAUACAGAUUAUAGAUUAUCACGAUCCGAAUUACGUUCUUGGCAUAAUUCCAAUAAAUGUAACAAAAGUGAACUGCGUUGCUUUCGAUCGCAAGGGCGAGCUAGUGGCAAUCGUUACCGAUGAAGGCAAGAAUAUUCAGCUCUGGGAUGUUUAUGAAUUGAAACUCGUAGCUACAUAUAAGCGCGGCAUGCGCUCAUGCAAUGUUACUGGUAUUGACUUCGACAGCUUGUCAUCUUUCUUCAUUAUGACUACUUUAAGAGGUACAUUGCACGCAUUUGCAAUUCCGACACCCAAAGAAAGAGAAACAAUAGAUCCUAAGUCACCAAUGCGAUCUAAGUUCAGCUUCGAAAUUCCAAAAGGCAUCAACUUCCACUGCCGUUUCGAUUUAGCCGGUUAUAUGAUAACUGGCAUUUCCGAAAACGGCGCAUUCAGGAAGUUCAGACUUGAUAUCGAAAAGAAUCAAAUUGUUUCUGAAUCAGAACUCCAACUUAGUUUAUAA